AGCGCUGCUUCUCUAACAAAGAAUUGAGAUAUCGCUAUCCCUCUCGCGCGGGGCGUGCGGGGGCCCCGGCACGUCGAGCGCUGGUGGGGUCUCGUCUCUCACAGUCACCUCGACCGCCGCCACGGACGCACGCAUUCGUUUCCAAAAUUCCGCGCGACCGUGCCACAGAGUAGUUGUGUACGCAGAGCUAACAGUGACUUUACGUAAAGUGUAAAAGUGAUCGUGAAAGUUUAACUCCAAAUGGUCGUUCUUGAAGACGGGGCAAUGAUGACUACUAACCCGAAUCAAUAUCUGCAGCCAGAUUAUUUAACACCACUUCCAUCAUCUUUGGACUCAAAGAAAAGUCCGCUCGCGCUUUUAGCGCAAACUUGCAGUCAGAUUGGUGCUGACACUUUGAAUAAACCGCUGCUGCCGCCGCUCGACAAAAAGAAAUCAGUGAACAGUGUUAACAGUGAUUCUAUCAGUCGUUCGUCUCCUAGUGCCACUAAACCGGAUAAACCGCGUUCUUCACCUGAAAGCAAACAUUUGGCUUUUAAACCGUACGAAGCUAAUGUUGUUACUAAGAAACCUGAAGAAACCCGGCCCUCUUCAAAAGCUAGUACCGAUAGUUCUGAUGAUAAAAAAUCCGGGAAAAGCACUCCAGGGCGUAAAUCAACACCGCCUACAACAGAAAAUGGCAAAAACAGUCCUUACAGUGAACAAAAAUCUUCACCCGCUGGAUCGUCUGGAACAAGCCCGAUAAUUCGAUCUGGUUUGGAAGUAUUAGGACAUGGAAAGGACCACCUUGGAGCUUUCAAAAAUUUACCCGGCCUACCUGGAUUCAACCCACUUGCUGGAUUAUGUUGCCCACCUGGAAUGGAACAGCAUGGGAAUCCAGCCUUUCGGCCUCCUUAUGCUGGAUCCCCACUUAGUGCCCAUCACGCUGCAAUGCUGGCAGCGGCUGCUGGGUUUCCAGGGGGAAACGCAUAUCUCGGCUACGCCAGAGUUAAAACACCAUCUGGCGGAGAAACUUUAAUUCCAGUUUGCAAAGACCCCUACUGCACCGGCUGUCAAUUCUCUGUUAACAAUCAUCACCUUCUCAUGAGUAAUGGCGCAUGUCCUGCCGGGUGCACGCAGUGUGAACAUCAAAAAUAUAACUUAGCAAUGGCAAUGGCUUUGUCACAACAAGGUGCCGCCGGAAGCCUACCUUAUGCGCAAAUGAGCCGCCCAUACAUUUGUAAUUGGAUUGUUGGCGAGUCCUAUUGCGGAAAACGAUUUGGAAAUUCUGAGGAGCUUUUGCAACAUUUAAGAAGCCACACGACCGACGGAUCAACUCCCGUCUCAACUUCUUCCCAACCUUCGCUAUUGAAUCCCUUGAAUCCUUUAUUCACGACGGCUGGGCUUCGUGGCGCGUACCCGACGGCACCGUUGAGCCCGCUAUCAGCGAGUCGAUACCACCCGUAUUCCAAAGCUCUGCCUGCAAGUCUAGGCUCAUCUCCCUACGGAGCAUUUAAUCCAGCCUUGGGACCUUUUUACUCGCCUUAUGCUAUGUACGGUCAGAGGCUCGGAGCAGCUGCAGUGCAUCAAUAAACUAGUGUAGUGAGGAUUAAUGACUGACAUAAUUAAUGUUUGUAUUGUCCAAUUUUCUUCUGUGAUAUCAAUAGACUAAUUGAUGUUGUAAGGCGUCACGCGCCAUGACAAAUUUAGUGAAUAGUGCAAUCUUAAAUAGGUAAAAAUAAUAUAAGUUGAUUUGCCGUCGGAAGUUUGUUUAAGCGCGGAUGCAGAAGGGAUAUAUAAAGACUAUGUACAGCCAAAUGAUGUGUGUAAAUAGUAAUCUAUGUUUAAAAUUAAAUGAAACAAUUUCAAA